CUUGCAAAGACUACCUGCUCUCAGAUGCUAUGCCACAGACCAAGUGAACACUGUUCUUGACUCCACAUCCCAGAAGCUGCAGACAUGGCUCACUUUGCUCACAUGUGAAUUUCAGCCAAGACACCAUGUCAAGGAACUCUGCCCUCUGAAUUGCUCUGAUGCCUCAGUCCUGUCCUGGUCAUACCCUACUGGGUUUUGUGAGGCUAUUUAAGAAGACAAGUUUCCCUCACCACAGUAUAGGGGAAUAGCAUGAAAGAAAAUAAUGGCCCCCAAGGAAGAAUUUGUGAUUGACAUAAAUGAGGAUGUUCCCUUAGGAGCAUCAUGUAUCAUUGCAGAAGCAAACUCCAAGGUCAUUUAUUUCUCCACCUAUUUACACGCUAUGGAAAGAAGAUGUCUUUGACUUUCCCAUAGUUUUGCAUUGGAAAUUGCUGCUGUGAGAAAGGAAGGGGUAUGUUCUAGACAGCAGGAUUCUUUUGGAAUACAUACUUUGGGAGUGUGGCACUACCCCGCAAAUAGAACUUUGAUUGUCUUUUUCUUUGAGGUAGCAAAUUUCUUCUGGGAUCAAACCUGCCUCACCUAACCUGCCCUGAUAAACACCCCCCAUCUCUCUUGGUAGAUCAGAUGUUUAAUAGUUAGCCUAACUCACUGUUUAUCUAGUAGCAAUUAUGACUGCAGUGGAAUAAUAUUUUAACUGCAGGGGAUAUAUUUCAGAGAGUGCCCAAGUGGAAUCUACAGGCUGGGAAUGGCUGUCAGGGCUUCCUAUAUUAAGAGGAGUGGACCACUCCAUCCUGGCUGGCAGUUCUUCUGCUCUGAGAUGCCAUCAAUAGAUGCUACUCCAAACACCUAAGGGAGAUGUUCCCAAGAGAAGUAUAUGGUUCUAUUCCUUUCCACUGAGGCUCAAUGGCCCAGCAAAGUAUGAAAGUGAGACCUGUGCUCUUAAAGCGGAACAGUCUCGAGUCGGUGGAGCUUGUGAAACAACACCACCACCGCAGGAGCAAAUCCCAGCAAGUGAGAUUCAAGGAAGAUGGGACCACUAAGAAUCAAACUGGCCUAGCUGAGGUUGAUAACCAAACUCCCGAAGACCCGACUGAGAUGGGGAAGACGCAAGCAUCCAGGCACCAUCAUCCUCCCACCUACUCUCUGUCCUUUCCCCGAGCCCAGAAGGCAGGGGGCUUUCGGAACAUUGCAAUCCAAACCUCCCCCAGUCUCAGGAAGCAUUUCCCAGUUUUCAGAAGGAAGAAACUCACCUCCAGCAAGUCCCUAGUGGAAAUGCCGACAGCUUCCCAAAGUGCCAUCCAGGUCAACGGCAACUUCUCUGAACAGGACAUGGUGUCUUCUGACCUUGCCUACUUACGGCUGGCUCAGCCCCUUGAGGAUGGCCCUCGAAGGGUCAAAGUAUCCCACCCAUUUCUCCCUAGGUUGCCCAAGUUGCAAAGCAAUGGGCCUGUUAGUAUAUGCUUGGAAGCUGGGACUUGGAGGGGUUCUGAGAAAGCAACAGCUGCCAUUCAGGUCCCAGAAGAUAUCUAUCACAGUCCUUCCUGGGAAGCUAGAGAGUCCACUCUCAACCCAGAUAGGUUGGCUGAAAUAAGGAACUCAGUACCCCCUUUGAUUGACAUGUGUCCAGGUGAUAGGAAAAAGGUACUGAGAUCGGAUUCAGAAAGAUCCCCCUCCUGCUUAAAUGCCGCCAGUGGUGCCAACAACAUGCCAGGCACAGGGAAACUCAAACCUGAAUUGCUUUUGCCCAAAGACAACUCUAAUGACAAAGGUUUUGGCCCACUGUCAUCUCAGUCAAAGGAAGCAUGCAUUCCCUCACCUCCACGGACUCAGAGUUCCACUGCACCAGGGUUCCACAUCCAGACAGCUCCUUCAGGAAGAGCCUCAGACUAUCCUGCAUCAAGUGACAGUCACCAGAAUCCAGUGUCACUCAAAAGUAGUGCAUCAAAGUCUGCCCCUUUGUGUCAAGAGAAGAUGGCAAGGAACCCCACUCAGUCAGACACUCUUGAGCCUCAGAAUUGUCCUGGAAGCAGUCACCUCUCACCCUCUCUUCCAAGGAGUGAGACUGAAAUUCCGAGCAACAGGGAGAUUAGCGGCAUUAAUCAGCUUCACUUGGCACAGGGUGAACUCUGUGACCUCCAAGGCCGGCUGCAGUCUGUGGAAGAAUCUCUGCACUCAAACCAAGAGAAAAUCAAAGUCCUUUUGAAUGUAAUUCAAGACUUGGAGAAAGCUCGAGCUCUCACUGAAGGGCGCAACUUUUAUCGAACUGGCCAAGAUCUCAACAAUUGCAGUACCUGCCAGAACACAGCGUGCAUCAUAUACAGUGUAGAGUACGACUUUCGGCAGCAGGAAGGUAGGUUCCAUGAAGUUCUGCAGAGCCUAGAGGAGGUGGAACCAGUUGAGGAGGCAUCUUCCCCACCAAAGUCCCCAGUAGAACCCCCGGCUCCUGAGAAACAAGACUUACGGCGGAAAACCAAGAAAGUGAAGAAAAAGUGCUUUUGGUGGAUCUGAGCUCACUGGGACCACACCUUGGCCUCUCCAUUUGCUUCCUGUGAUGGGGACUCACUGCUUCCAAGGCCUAUGCUGCUCUUUGUAAAGGCCACAGCUGGGAGCCCUUGACCUGUGGAACAAAGAAGUACGGGCUGGUGUGGCACUGCUGGACACCUGAUCGCCAGCCUCCCCUGAGUGUGUGCCACUGCUUGCUGAGGAAUUCAUGGACAUUGGUGUGUCCACUUGCUGAAUUCCCUGUCAGGUGGCCAGGUUUCAUCCUGGUCUGUUAACAUAAGCAAAACCCCCACUUCAUUCUCCAACACCUCUUCAAGGCUAAGCAUUUCCUACUUAUCUGGGCUCCAUCCACCCAAAGGAAACAAGAAAUAAAUCCAUGUUGUGCAGAACAGAAAGACAGGAGGGUUAUAAGCAGGUACCCCUCCCCAGUUAGAUAAAUAACCUGGCAGUUUCCUAAGAUGUCAGCAUACAUAAGCACAACAGAAGUGGGCAGGGCAUAAACAAGCAAGAUCACUGUGGUGUGUUGGGGUCAUUUUCAUUUAUAAUGAGCCCUUGAUUCCAAAUCAAGGAGCUGUCAUCUCAUGCUGCCUGGGCCACACAGUCUGUGGCACUGUAAGGUCAUCCCAGGAUAUCCAGACUUGGUAUGACCAUCCUGUGUGACUGGAAUUCAGAGAGGGUUUCACAACUGUAGCUCUUCCAGGGCCACCUAACAACAUGUGUCCCUUCCUGGGGCCCAGUCUUACCUGGAAGAGGGGUGGGCAAAUCUAGUUGGAGUUUGAAUUUUAUUUCAUAGUUAACUUAUCUGCAACAUUGAACUUCAUGAGAUUCUGCAGCCUGCCAAUUUAUCUUUACAGUGAUUUACAUAAGGCUGAGAAAAACACAACACUCUUUUUUAUCCAUUCAUCCUUGUGACACCGCUGUAGAUAGGUCCAGACAUAUAUAAAUCUAUACAGUGUCCCUUCCCAGUGACCAGACAACAGACACCCAACUGAAGAAGCAGCAGGACGGGGGAUGAGAUAGAGCUUUUGCCAUUUUCAUAUUAAAGACCUUUCCUUCCCAAGGUCUGAGUUCUUUAAAGAGCGGUUCACUCUUUCAAAAGGAUCUCCAUACAUAGGGACCCAGUCAAACGUGCAUGGCUGAACAAAUUUCCAAAAGUAAAUAAUUAAGUAAUUGCUUCGUACGCUUUGGGCGGAAGGAUAGGAUAGAAAGGCUUGGAUUCUUUUGCAUUAAAUUAAAUUCUCUGCCAGCUCCUAGUUGGACGGAGGCUGCCAGAAAGGGAUCCUAAAGUUAACCAUACCUUACAUUAAGAAGGAAUCUCAUAACCCCCUGUACUGGAGCCCCGGUGUCUCAGGGAGUGUCUCCACAGAGCCCAGUACCCCGUGGAUGUAUGGGAUGUGCACAUCCCAUGCACAUCGAGAGUAACUGAGCAAACCACCCAACAUUUCCACCUCUUUCUGUCACAGUGCUGCUCGUACAAAGCUAUUUGAGGGAGAGUGAGAGGAAACUUGGCAAGAAGUCUCAGCUUGCACUGUUUAAGUCUGGGAAUGUCAUUCAAGAUGUUCUUGUUCUGUUUCUAGUGUAAUGUUUAAACCCACAAAAUGAGACAGGAAUAUAUAACAUCAAGUUAGAAUUAAGAUAAAUACACUUGUCAUACUUAAGAAACCACAUUUCAAUAAGCUAUGCUACCACUGGCUAAGAGCCACAGCUCUUUCUGUCUGUAUCCAUACAACCAACUCUCAAUUGGUCCCAGCAAUGGAAAAGAACAGCACAGAGGAUAAUCCAAUAAAGCGAAAUCACUUGGGA